CAGGCAGUAUGGGUGUGUGUGUGUGUAAGUAGAAUGAAAUUUGGAAAAGGAAAUAAUUUUUACCUAAUAGUAUAUAUUAAAAUGGUUAAUUAUUUAUGUACAUUUGAGAUUUUGUAGAUAAAUGUUUUAAAAAUUCAUAAAUUACUUGGUUUCCCUGGUUUGGUUUGGCUCUUUGUACUCAAUUUGCAACUUGUAAAGAAAGCUUUCUGAAAUUAAAAAAUAUAUUAAAUUUGUAGUGGAAAUUAUUUUAAAUAUGUAAAUAAGCACUUACCCUUUGUGUAUACAAUACUAAUGAUAUUACAUAAAAACUGUUCAUUUUGUCAAAUUGGAGUUAAGUGAUAUUUAUACGAAAAAUAUUCAUAAUUUAAAGUAUCCUUUUAAGGUCAUUUGCCUUGUUACUGAGACUGUUAUUUCAUAUUCAGUGUAGUUUGCUCUGCAACUGGAAUUUACUUAUUUGACAUUUUUGGGUCUUUUUGUUCUUGCUAAAAACAAUUACAGACUUUAAUUGAAAGUAAUUAUGGAUAUCCUGACAAAAUGAUCAUCCACGAGGAUAGUACAUUUUAGAAUAAUUGAAGAAAAAUCACAGAAAGCUAUUUUCCAAAGCCGCCUUCAAGUAAAUAGUUGUUGAAGAUGGGAACAAGGCCAAAUUUAUUGAAUAAAUUUUAUGACUUAAUUUGCUUUAGGAACUAAUUAUUACUAAUACUUAUUUUUUUGUAAUUUAUAUUUGCAGAGCCACUCAUAUAAUAGGCUGUGCCGAAUUUGACAAUUCUGAUAUGUUAAUUAACUUCUGUUCAUAGUGCUGACUAUGGCAUAUGUCCUGGAUUUUAGAAUUGGGUUAUUCCAAGUUAAAUGUCUUCAAAAUAUAUUUUCACUGGUGAAUGGUGGUAACUUCUUUUACAACAUAAAAGAUUUACCUCAAAUGAUUUAAUGAGCUUUCAUAUGUAGUACUUAAAAAUCUGCUUUAGAAACCAGGUUAAUACUAAAAUAAUAUAUAAUAAACAGUUCGCUGCACUUUCAAAGUUUUAUGCUUAUUUCAGAAUGCCUAUUCUGGGAUGUCAAAAAGAUAACAAUUGGAUGAAGUGAGUACCAUUCUGUUAUUUUUGAAGUCCCAGAAGAGGAUAUUCUGAAUUUUUUUCGUAUAAAUUUGUGUUUUUCCCAUGCUUGGGAGUUUGAGUAAGGAAGGGAGAAUAAAAAUGGAUUAAAGUUAAUGGUAUGCUAAGUCUAUCCUUAUCUAUUGAUCUGUAAGGGGACAAUAAGCCCAAAUUAGUAGAGCAAGGCGAGAAAGAGCUUAAUGGUUUAGUUGUGCAUACCUAGGCCAUACCAGUCCAUACCAAGUGAACUGCAAGGGAGAAAAGAGAUCAAGUAGAAAACAUUAAAUGGGAAUAUUAAUUACAUCAGAAAAUUGUGCUACCAGGUGCCCAGGAUCUUGUCUUUUGUUAGCUCAUUACUUGAAUUUGAAUUUUCAGUGUUGCUUUAUUGGAACCUUGCUGUAUUCCCAUAGAAUUUUUAUAUAUAUGAGAAGCCCUGAUCAUGGUGUGUCGUAAAUGUUCAAGGUUUUGGGCAUAUUGAGGUUCCUUACUUGAUAGAGAUGAAUAAAUGCACAUUUAUUAUGACAGCUUUUUAAUAUUUUAAAUAUUUGAGACAGUUUUACUACUUCUGAACAAGAAAAUUUACACAUUUUUAUUACAAUGUAAGUAUUUUAGAAUACUAACCUAUAAAUAAUUGUUAUUAAAAAUAUAUUUUUCAUUAAACUAAAUAGAAGAGAUGAAUUUUAGAACCUGAAGAAUGUCAGUGAGCUGAUUAUGCCCUGCAAGCAAAGUAAAAACAUAUAAUUCUGAGAAAGACAGCAAAGUGAGUUUGAAGUAUAUCAAAGGCAAGAGUUGCAGUGGAGUAAGUUCUACAAAAGGAGAUGUGCUAUGUUACUGUAAGCACUCUGUUUACUUCACUGAUUGCACUCUUUCCUGAUGUCAUAGGAACAGCAUUAUGAAGGAAAUGAGAAAACAAUAGAAAAAUUUUGAGACAGUUUUUUCAUUUCCUCUUUGCUGUUUUUGUAAUGCAGACAUUGUGAGACGAAGCUAAGGUGUAUAAGUAAUGUUUGAUAUGUAAUGUUCACAUAUAUAUAAAGCGUUAGCUAUUGUUAAUAAAACAGCCAUUUCAAUAUACUGUCAUUAUAUUUGUCCAAAUAUAACCUCUUUUUGUAGAGUGCAUCUCAGAUUUCUUUUUAUAAAUGUUAACACUUAGAAAAAGAUAAGGUCAAACAUAACAAGGGUGUCAACCUAAUCAUCAGUCAUAACUUUAUGUCCACAUUUUCUGGUAGAUGGAUUUUGAUUAUUAAUUUGGUUUUGUAUGUUUUCUCUAUGUGAUAUUUGUGCACUAUUAGAUGACUAGACUGGCCAAGGCAGACCUGUUACACUUGCCUGAGUUAGGCAUUGUUUGCCAUGCCACUAAACCUGCCGUCAAGUGAAACCUUCAUUGGGGAAAUGAGAUCGGAGUCUGAACCGCAGAAGAUGGACGCCCUGUCUCUGUUUUUUAUUGUUUUACUUUAAUUUCAUUUCUUUUUCUUUAUUUUGUCCCUUUUUUUGUUUUUGUUUUUGUUUUUGUUUUGUUAAAUCUCUUUCACUUUAACUUGUGAACUGGUUUUCCAGUUCUUUGUAAAUGGUAUUCCAUUAAAGGUUCAUAACAUUGCACUGCAAAGUAUAUUGGGAGGUGAUUAUCAGAGCUCAAUCUUAAAGAUAAAUUUUCACAGUAAAUUAGGAUACAGUAUUAUGAAGUGCAGUUUGAGUCUUAAUUUGUGUUUUAUCUACUGAUCAGGUACAUUUUAUUAUUGAAACCCUAAACCACUGAUAAGUCUUAGGAACACUUUUUGAUCACAGGGCAGCAGUUUUUUAGUUUUUCCUCCAAGUUGGCAUCUCUCAUAAAAACCAACUGGUAGCUUCUAAUUUUCAUCCUUCCCCCUAGUAUUUUAGGCAUACAAAAUCAUCAAGGAAAAAAGUAAAUUUCUUAGUAACAAUCUGGGGGUAGAGGACAAGAACAGACUUUCUCACUUUAUGAUAGUCAUUAAAAAAAAUAAACUAUUUUCCUGACUCAAUAAAGACUUUUAGUUGCCUAGCGGGGAAUGGAUAUUUGAGAAACUUGAAUACAUAUUUGCGUGUGUGUUUCUCUGAAUUUUUUGUUGAAAAAUUUUCAGAGAUUACUAGCUUCUAAAUGGAUUCAGAGAUUAGGACUAGUACUUUAAUACUCUGAGAGAUGUUUUUACUGCCAGUUGUCUUUGAGGAGUAUAGUUUGGGAAAAAUGUUAAAUGCUUAUUUGUUUUAUACUUGUAUACACUCAUAGUAUUUGGAGGGUAAAUUUGAUAGAAUUCUAUCUUGGAAAUUAAGCAACAGAACUUUUUUCUUAAAGUAUCUUUAAUCGUAAUUAGAAUAUGAAAAAUGUGCUUACAGUUAGACUUCAAUAUAAUAGUUCAUUAUUACUGUAGGAGGCAAUGAGAGUCAGACAACCUACUGGUACUUUUUCUAAGCCAAAAUUGAAAGACUUUAUAAUAGUAAGUAUAUUCAACUUUUGGCCUGUGUUGAAUGCCCUUUUUAUUUAGUCUUUUUACACUGUCUUGAAUGGAUAGCUUUGCUUAUUCAGUUGGCAGAUAAUACUAAAUUGGGGACAUUACUGGAGUGGAACUCUUAAGUCUUUUAGGUGUGUAAAAUAGGGUAGCUUCUCAGGACCUCAGUUGAUUUAUCAAAAUGUGUUCAGGUUUUACAAACAUUUACAAAAUAAUACCUCAUUAUAAAACAGGUCUGAUAGCAAUACAAAUAGUAUAGUAUAUGUGUAUACAAAUACAUGUGUUAAUACUAAUAACUAAUAAUAUAAACUAAAUUAUUGUUAUUUGAUAUCUUCAGUAAGGCCUACCUACUUUUUAUUUAUGCAUGUUAAAAAAUCUGUAUAAUAAAAUAACAUUGUUUUUGAAAUGAGUAAAAUAAUACAGGCAUAGAUGUUGGAAAGCUUUAGAAAAAGUAGGCAUUUGCUAAAGCUAAUACAAUGUUAAUUUUUCUGUUUGUAUAAAUGAGGUGUAACAAUUUAAACCAAGUUUUAAAAUCCAUCUUGAAUUCCAUCACGUUUAGAGAUACUCAGAUAAUGUUUAGAGGUUUAUCCCUGCACAUCUGGUUGUUUUAAAUAGAAUUUUUACCAGUAAAGCUCAGCAUGAUGCUUUAAAUUUACUCCAUAUGCUAUUUCCUAUUUAGCUUUGACUUGUAUACUGUGUUUUAACAUACUUUUGAAAAUUUCAUAAUAGAAAUGUGUAGUUAGCUACCACAUAAUUAUGAGUAGUUCUUUUUAAAAAGUUGUACGUGUAAGCUUUUUUCAUUUUUAGUUAUAGGGAAUCUUCUUAGCAUCUAAGAUUAUUUUAGUGUUUUGUUGUUGUUAAUAGGCAACUAAGAUGUUUAUAAGCAAGACACUGAGGCAUUAACUACCCCUCUUCAGAUAAGUAUACAUAAAUCGAUUCUAAAAGUCAUUGGAUUAAAAAGUUUCCCGAGACUAGGGAACUAUUUUUAGUCAUUCCCCAAAAUGUUAGGUGUUUCCCAAGGCAUAUCCUUUGGAAUGGGAUUCUUACAGGCAUCUCUGAUGUUGGUGAGAUGCCUUAUUAACUGAGUGGAUUGUAGGCUUCCUUUUAUAUUGAAGCUGAUUAUGUGCAGUAGGCUUUUGUAUUUUAGUCUACUUGAAUGGAAUCUAUUGGAAGAUUAUCAAAAUUGUUUGCAUCACAAAUAGGUAGUUUUAGUAACAGGAUAGGGACAGUCAGUAAAGGAACAAAUUUCAAUUCGCACAUAUUUGUUUUUUCUUUUUCUUUUUUUUGACUAAUUUGGUUAUUUGCCAUUUCUGGGGAUUAAACUUUAAAAAAUGUUCUUCUUUUCUGUAUCUGAUGUUCUGUGUGCUAUUAGUGAUGCAGCCAACACGAACGGUUGUCAUGUGUAACACAACUUUCGAUCACCGCGAAAACACCGUCCUGGGAAAGCGUCCAUGCUUGAUAUCGUUUGGUUCAUGAACAUUAAGUUUCCAGUACAGGUAAAAUUCCAGAGGAAUCCAAAGCCCUUUCUUUAUUGGCUCCUGCUCCAACCAUGACGAGUCUGAUGCCUGGUGCAGGCUUGCUUCCCAUACCGACCCCAAACCCCUUGACGACAUUGGGUGUUUCCCUUAGCAGUUUGGGAGCGAUACCAGCAGCAGCCCUAGACCCCAACAUGGCAGCACUUGGAGAGAUACCACAACCACCACUUAUGGGAAAUGUCGAUCCUUCCAAAAUUGAUGAAAUUAGGAGAACAGUCUAUGUUGGCAAUUUGAAUUCCCAGACAACAACAGCUGAUCAACUGCUUGAAUUUUUUAAACAAGUUGGAGAAGUGAAGUUUGUGCGGAUGGCAGGUGAUGAGACUCAACCAACUCGGUUUGCUUUUGUGGAAUUUGCAGACCAAAAUUCUGUUCCAAGGGCCCUUGCUUUUAAUGGAGUUAUGUUUGGAGACAGGCCACUGAAAAUAAAUCACUCCAACAAUGCAAUAGUAAAACCCCCUGAGAUGACACCUCAGGCUGCAGCUAAGGAGUUAGAAGAAGUAAUGAAGCGAGUACGAGAGGCUCAGUCAUUUAUCUCAGCAGCUAUUGAACCAGAGUCUGGAAAGAGCAAUGAAAGAAAAGGCGGUCGAUCUCGUUCCCACACUCGUUCAAAAUCCAGGUCUAGCUCAAAAUCCCAUUCUAGAAGGAAAAGAUCACAGUCAAAAAACAGGAGUAGAUCCCAUAAUAGAUCACGCUCAAGACAAAAAGAUAGGCAUAGAUCUAAGAGCCCACAUAAAAAACGCUCUAAAUCAAGGGAGAGGCGGAAGUCAAGGAGUCGUUCUCAUUCACGGGACAAGAGAAAAGACACCCGAGAAAAGAUCAAGGAGAAGGAAAAAGUGAAAGAAAAAGAUAGAGAAAAGGAGAGGGAAAAAGAGAGAGACAGGGAAAAAGAACGUGAAAAAGAAAAGGAACGGGGUAAAAACAAAGAUAAAGACCGAGAUAAAGAACGGGAAAAGGACCGGGAUAAAGACAAGGAAAAGGACAGAGAGAGAGAGCGGGAAAAAGAGCAUGAAAAGGAGCGAGACAAAGAGAAGGAAAAGGAACCAGACAAAGAAAAGGAACGAGAAAAGGACAGAUCCAAAGAGGCAGAUGAGAAAAGAAAGAAGGAUAAGAAACCCAGAACGCCACCCAGAAGUUACAAUGCAUCAAGAAGAUCCCGUAGUUCCAGCAGGGAAAGGCGUAGGAGGAGGAGCAGGAGUUCUUCCAGAUCUCCAAGAACAUCAAAAGCCAUAAAAAGGAAAUCAUCUAGGUCUCCAUCCCCCAGGAGCAGAAAUAAGAAAGAUAAAAAGAGAGAAAAAGAAAGGGACCACAUCAGUGAAAGAAAAGAGAGGGAAUUCCGUUCAGCCUCUACAAGGAAGAGUUCUAAUGACAGAGAUGGGAAGGAAAAGUUGGAGAAGAACAAUACUUCACUUAAGGAAAAGGAGCACAACAAAGAACCAGAUUCUAAUGUGGGCAAAGAAGUAGAUGACAAGGAUGCACCAAGGACCGAGGAAAACAAAGUACAGCAAAACGGGAGUUGUCAGCCAAAUGAAGACCUGUCUACCAGAACAGCAGCAGUAUAGGACCUGACAAACACACCUCCUAAACACAUGCUGGAAUAAAAUCCAAAGCUUUUAAUUCUCUCACCAAGAUGUUAAACAGAGGAAAAAUCCAGUUGAGUAUAAAGAUAAGAGCUAACAGCUUUUCUAGUUGUUAGGUGACUUUGUGGCCAUCUUGUUUACUGAGUAAGGAAAUAAGGCGUGAAAAUGACAGAUGUUAACCCAAACUCCUCAUCUUUUAGAACUUGCAUUUCCACGGUGGCUGACAUACUUGUCAUGUGGUUUGUUAGUCUUUGCCAAGAACCAUUACAAAUAAAUGGGGCAUCAAAGUCCAAAUUUGAACUGUCCAGACUGGAGAUAAGCAUUGGAGGCUCUUAAAAAAAAAAUUAUAGUUACUGAAUUUUGUAUUGUUUUACUUUUUUUUAAAAAUUUCAAUAUAUAGAUUGAUGAUGUGCUUGAAAUUGGUGCAAAUAUAUAUACACCCUUGUAAGUGCAGAGUAUGUAAGAAAUUUUAACAUUUACUUCACAGGUUUUACAGUGAUUGUGUUACGUUCUCACUAUUGUGGUUUUUUUUGUUUUGUUUAGGACAACAGUUUUUCUUUAAAAUAGUUUUACAGAUUAAAAUUGCUUAAAUAAGUGGAUUAAAAACAACUGACAAUGCAUGCUACCAUUCUCUUUCAAAAGGAAGAGCAACUGUGUUGAAUACUAAUAAUGUAUUAGUAUUCAGUGUGUAGAACCAUUGGGUCUCCCCACAAAGUAAGCAUUUCUUCUUUAACUUUAUAUUUCCUAGUUUAUUAUGAAUAAUAUUGCAGUGUGUGUUGUCAGCUAUAGAUGGCAAAUGUGCCAUUUUAAAAAGAAAACUGGGUUUUCAAAAUGGGCUAUGGGAGCACAAGCUGAAGCUUUAGUGCCUUCUAUAAUGUGGUAUGUACUGUUUUCUAGAAUUUUAUAUGUGCCAGUCAUUCUCAAUUCAUACAGAACUUAAGUGGAUAUUCCUUUCACUCCCAUAGAGACGUGUGCAAGCAGUAUAUCAGAAGAGCUUACAUAGUUCACCUAAUAUGAGAAGGGAACUCCUGUUUUCAAGAAUGACUUUAGAGCUUAAACAACAAUGCAGUUUUGGGACCAUCAGUUCUAUACUGUGAUAACUGAAAAUGAAGCAUGUUCUUAUUUUACUUAAAGCCAACUCCUUAGUUGUCUACAUUGGGUGGCCUUAAUUAUUACCUCUCAAUCAUUGUCUCGUAAAUGAUGUGCAAAGGAGAUCAUGUAAAGGAGAAUACAUCAAGUUAUUUGUUUUUUAUGUUUAAGGAUAUGUUUAAUUGAGUUUAAAAUACAGGUCAUCCGUAAUUUAUAGGCUCACUUUUUGCAGAAAGUAUGCAAUUAGUAAAAUGACAACAUUGCUAAUAUUUUUCCCCAAAGCCAUAAUUCAUUGUUUUCAGAAUCCUUUUCAUUAUUGUUACAUUUCCAAAAAAGUUAUACUGUUUAAUUAGCAUGUUAUUUAAAAAUCAAGUAUAAUUACUUUAAUACAAUCUAAUACAAUCAAAUUACUCAGUUGCCUUACCUCAUGGGAAGAGUUACUUAUAGAUUUAAAAACUGAGUAGCACAUCAGUUACUUGGUUUCAACUUGAGUUUUCUUUUAAUGUUAAUACUAUUGAAGCUGAAGUGUUCGGUGAAGCAUACAAAGAAUUGCCCCUAUUUCAAGUAAUGAAACCUGGUUUGAUCACAAAGCUGCUUACUUACUCUUCAUGUGUUCAGAAUUAGUGUGUUUUUUUCCCUCCCCUUUUUGUCACUAUGUACAUUAAAAUUUUUGAAAAUGCUUUACUAUGUAAAGUAUAGAUGGUCAUUUUAGUCACUCAACCACAUACGGUUGGCUGGUAAACAGCUUAUUCUGAUAGAAGAGUGGGUGCAUAUGAAAGAUUGUGAAAGAGUGGGUGUCCUGCAUCAACACCUGUCUUAUUUAUGAAAUGUAAGUAGACUAGAGCAAAUGUUGGAAUCUUUGCUAUUUUCAGUACCAUUUCUCUCUAAUAAAGCUAAGUGUUUUAGAGGAAAAUAUUGUGCAUUGCAAAACAGCAUCUUAGUUUCAUCCUGUUUUUGUUUUAGUUGGCAUAGAAAUUGUUUUGAUAUGGAGAGUGAGUGUGUGGUGUCUAUGAAAAAAAUCAUUUAAAGCUUGAAUGUUUCUUAUAUUCUGGAAUCUUUUAAUAAUGGUUUUUAAUGUUGGUAAUUAACAUAUUUAAUUUAGUCCUUCUAAUUACUUUUCUUCCUGGUGAUAUUUAUUCGGCUUUAAAAAUCAUACUAAUCUUGAGACACACUGAUUUGUAAAAGUUGGGCAUGAGUAGUAAUACAAGAGAUCUGGAGGAAGUAAAAUAUUUUCUUAAAUGGGCUCAUGAAAACAAAGAUUUCUAGGGUUGUAGAGGUAUUGGGGGGUAUGUGUAUGAAAAAGUACGUAUUUUCUCUUUGUUUACUUGAGCUGAUAAUGUUACCAUUUGCUUACUAUUUUCUUUCAAGGUAUUUUGUUUUUUCUUUAAGACCAUUCUUUUUCAUCCCAGGUAGAUGUCAGGGAAACUUGAGUUAAGGCCAAGAAGACAGCUGUUUUACACUUGGUACUGUCUGUAAUUAUCUUUUUUUAGCUUGAUUAUAUAGAGAGUACACUCUGUUCCUUAAAUUGUCGUUGCUGUUCAUCAUUCUAGACAAAUUCUGUUGUUCCUUUUGUUCUUGCUUUUCAGUAAUGCACACCGGACUGGUUUAUAAGAUGGUCCUUCAUAAACUAACCAGUUUUCGAGAGAGAAAACAAAUACAAAUCCUUAACUUCUGCAACUGUCUCCUUAGUUAUUAUUUUCCAUCUAAUCUAAUUUUAAACACUAGUCAGUCAGCUUAUGUUUUUUUUGUUUUAGAAUUCUUUUUUCAAGAGGUUCAGUAUAUAUAUGCUAUUUUGAUUUGCAGAAGUGUCAUAGACUUAAAUUUUGACAUGCUCAAUUAAAAAUAACUGGCAUUUAGAAUGAAUUUUCUUUUAUCAAGAAAAUAAUUUCUUUUGUGGUAUUAGUCAUUUUCAGGGCCCUCAUUCAUUCCUGUGUAUAUGUUACUAUCUUUAUCUUAAAAUUAGAAAAAAAGAACCUUUAUCCAAAUCUGCUCUCAACUGAAGAUAAUAUUCAAACUUAAGGAUUGAAAUAUAUUGUAGUAGGCUUUUAAAAGUUUUUAAAAAACCAAUUAGAAAUAAUAUUAGAUUUAAAUAUUUCUGUAGUAGUUGAAUUAGCAAUUCAAAUGAAUCCUUUUGGAGGUAUGCAUUGAAUAACUUUAACAUACUAUAUUUUCAUUAAGCUAAUAUUUGAUUUUAUCUGGGUGGGUUAUGAAGUAGAGCCAUUUCCACAAAGAAAUUAUGUUCCUUAUGUGUUUAAAUAUUUAAAACUUUCACUGCCUACAUAGUAUUUUCUUGUGUUUAUUUACUAAUGUAAUAUUCAUUUAAAAUUGUUUAUUUUCAGAUUUCAAAAGUUAGUGCUCUUAAAAGGCUGAAUUAUAUUUCUGAAAGCAGGAGUCAAAAAUAAUGUAAUAAAAUAAUCUUUUAAAGUAAAA